AUGUCGUUCGCUCUGGUAAUGAGGCGGUCGGGCCUCUCGAUGGGCCGCCGCAUGGUCCGCUUCGAGUCGACCAGCACCACAACAAAAGCGGCCGAGGCUACCAAGCAGGCCGCUUCGCAGGCCUCGUCGACCGCCUCCGAGGCCACCUCCAAGGCGGCCCAGGGCCUUUCGCGGGUCACGUCGGCCGCCGGCCCUGUCAUUGCCGGCGCUGCCAAGGGUGUGUCAGGUGCUCUGAGUCGCGUGGGCGGCCGGACAGGACGUCUGGUUGCGUUCGUUGAGCGUCAAUCCCCCCUCGUCGUCUACUACUCCAAGGUCGCCCUCGAGAUGGCCAAGCUGGUCGUCAAGGGCCAAAACAUGACCCCGCCUUCCGUUUCCACGUUCCAAGCCUACUUUCAAAACCUCUGGAAGCAGCUGCAGAAUCCCGGCGCCUUCCUCUCGAGCCUCGUGCGGUCCGCCAAUCCUCAACAGCUUCGGAACAUGUCAAGGACACAAGUGGCCGCUGGCGGUGUGUUGCUUGCCGAGUGCUUGGGCUUCUUCACCGUCGGCGAGAUGAUUGGCAGGUUCAAGUUGGUCGGCUACCACGGCGACGUGCACGCCGCUCAUCACUGA